AAAUUUUGCGUCCCUUUAUUUCAGACUUGCUUUCUUUCUCUCUUUCUUGCAACCUCUGCACCAACUGUUGUGUGUGCUUUUGCUGCUGCUCUCCUCCCUCUGUUGUGUCCUUUCUCUCUGCCUGACUGAUUGCCUAGCAAAGCAAGAUUUUAUGGUUAUCAAUGCAUUCAAGACCUGAAUCAGUAGUACGCCAUUACAGAUACUUAUCUGCACUCGGGUACACCAGUAGCAAUCAUCCCCUCAAUAUUUUUCUCUCUUUUCCCUUCCAAUUAUUAAACUAAGAGAAUCUCUCAGGACAAGACUGGACAACAAGAAGCACAUCACUCCAUAUAAAUAUGUUGACAUGUCUCACUUUUCCUCCCAACUCAGUAACACUCAAUCAUGCUCAUGAAUUAGACAAUGGCUCUCUUUAGCUGCUCCGUCGACCCUCCAAGGCAUGUUCAUCUCCUCUCAUUGCUCCUCCUCUUGAGCUCCCUCCAUCCCCUGUGUUUGACUGAAGGUAGGCCAUUUUUGAUGCUUCAGGAGGUUGUGAAGGAGGGCGAAGAGAUGAAGGUGGGGGAGGCGAUGCUCGGAUCGAGGCCGCCGAGAUGUGAAGGAAGGUGCCUCACCUGUGGCCAGUGCGAGGCAAUUCAAGUGCCUGCAGUCCCUCAGGAGACGAGUGGAACCAGGCAUUUCUCCACAGCAAUCACUGCAAGGGGUGAUGACAGCUCCAUCUACAAACCCCUGAGCUGGAAAUGCAAGUGUGGAGGGAUGAUCCUCAACCCAUGACCUGCUACAAACAGAGCAGUCUCGCAUACUCAUCUCUAUGUGAAUAGAUAGAUACCUGGAGCAGUGGCUUCCCCUUUGUCUUGUUCAUGGCUUGUGUUCAGAUCUCCUUGUACUGCAACAGGCAACAUCCCUCCUUUUGUUUUAUUACCUGGUGUGGGAUCUCUAAGCUAGUUUUAUGUGGGUAUAUACUACUGUAAACUCGUAACAUAUCUCAUCUUCUGAGCCCUCUAAUUUUUA